AUGUCUUCUCACCAUCUCACGUCCAGAUUCAGCCUUGGGCUCUCAACCUGGCCAUUCAUGAUUCAGUCACUUUCAGGAACAGACCAAUCAAAUGCGAGGAGUGACACACAACUGAGCCCCUCUCGCUCUCCCGUCUUCCCCAACAACAAACUCUCACCAACUCUCCUCUCCGUUCACAACACCUCAAUCCCCUACGAGAACACCAAUCACAUCGGCGUUCCCAACACCCGCAGCACCCGUCCGAAUGGCAACCACCGACGCAACCGCCGCCGCAACAGCCGCUUCAGCGCCAUGGUAUGCAGCCUACCCCGCGCCCAAAUCCGAGGUGGUGACCAUCUCGCGCGAGGAAGUGCUCGAAGCUGCUCAAGACGACACCGCUUGAGAAGCGGAACUUUGUUGCUGGUUGAUCUGCGGCGGAACGAUUUCGAGGGCGGCACCAUCCGCAGCUCCCUCAACAUCCCCGCGCAGAGCCUCCCCCUAACCCUCUCCGCCGUCUACGCCACCUUCAAAGCAGCCGGCCUGCGCAAAGUCAUUUUCUACUGCGGCUCCUCCAAAGGCCGCGGCAGCCGCGCAGCAGGCUGGCUGGCCGACCACAUUGCCGAGGCAGGCGACAAGGACACUCAAAGCUUGGCGCUGGAGGGCGGGAUCCAAGGGGUGGGUGCGGGCGGGCGGCGAGUAUGUGGAAUGGGUGGAGGGGUAUGA